UGCGCCUCGCGCCGCUUCCUAUAUUCACUCCACCAGUCGGUAUCAACAACUUGAACCAUGAGGGUGGGAGUGUCUUUUUCUGUCCUACUGGCCACCCUGGUCUUGGCGGUCUUCGCUGACGAGGACAUCACCAAGGACGAGGGUGUGCUGGUGCUCACCAAAGACAACUUCAAGAAGGCCACGGAAGAUCACGAGUUCAUCCUCGUAGAGUUCUAUGCCCCAUGGUGUGGACACUGCAAAGCCCUGGCUCCUGAAUAUGUAAAAGCUGCAGCAAAAUUGGUUGAACAGGAGUCGGAGAUUAAAUUGGGAAAGGUUGAUGCAACGGAAGAAACGGAGCUUGCAGAAGAGCACGGUGUUCGUGGCUAUCCCACCCUAAAAUUCUUCCGCUCUGGCAAGCCUAUAGAAUACAAUGGUGGCCGCCAAGCUGAUGAUAUAGUUAAUUGGCUUUUAAAAAAGACUGGUCCUCCUGCAAAGUCUGUUACAUCUGUGGAGGAAGCAAAGGCAUUUAUUGGUGAAAAACCAGUUGUCAUCAUUGGAUUCUUUAAUGACCAGGGAUCUGAUGCAGCCAAGGAGUUCUUAGCUGCAGCAUCUGCCAAUGAUGACAUUCCUUUCGGUAUUACAUCUGAUGCCAAGGUAUUCUCAGAAUAUGGUUUGGAAGCCGAUGGUGUGAUUCUGUUCAAGAACUUCGAUGAAGGAAAGAAUGUUUAUGAAGGAGAGGUGACAGAAGCAGGAGUAACCAAAUUUGUUGCUGCUAACUCAUUGCCCCUAGUUGUAGACUUCAAUCAUGAGACUGCUUCAAAGAUCUUUGGCGGCGAAAUAAAAUCCCAUCUCCUAGUGUUCCUGUCUAAGGAAGCUGGCCACUAUGAUAGUCACUUGGAGGCUUGUAAGAAUGCUGCUAAAGGAUUCAAGGGCCAAGUUUUGUUUGUGACAAUAAACACUGAUGAAGAGGAUCACUCGCGCAUCUUGGAGUUCUUCGGCAUGAAGAAGGAAGAGGUACCAGGCCUCCGCAUAAUCAAGUUGGAGGAAGAUAUGGCCAAGUACAAACCCGAGACAUACGACCUGAGCGAGAGUGCAUUGGUCAGCUUCGUACAGAGCUUCUUGGAAGGAAAGCUGAAGCAGCACCUCCUAUCUCAGGAGCUCAAUGAUGACUGGGACAAAGAACCUGUCAAGGUUCUGGCAGCAUCAAACUUUGACGAAGUAGUACUUAAUAAAGAGAAGGAUGUCUUGGUAGAGUUCUAUGCACCAUGGUGUGGCCAUUGCAAGCAGCUGGCUCCUAUCUAUGACCAACUGGGAGAAAGAUACAAGGACCACGAGACCAUUGUUAUUUCUAAAAUGGAUGCAACUGCGAACGAGCUGGAGCAUACGAAGAUCCAGUCAUUCCCUACCCUUAAAUUAUACAAAAAAGAAACUAAUGAGGUUGUUGAAUACAAUGGAGAACGCACUUUGGAAGGAAUUUCCAAGUUCUUGGAAAGUGGGGGUGUAUAUGGCCAGGCUCCCCCAGAAGACAUGGAGCAGGAUGAAGAGGAGGUCGAUGAAGAGGGUGAUGUGCCUGCUAAAGAUGAACUUUAAGUUUAUUUUGGUGCCGACAAUGAAGGUGAACAGUAGUCCCUGAAGUCCGACCAGCGGGUUGACUAGUGUUUAUCUGCAUUGUAAAUGUUAUAAACCAUCAUAAGGAACCCCCAGUACAGUAUUACAAAUUGUAUAUUGCCUUAUUAAAAAAUAGCAGAGGCUAUGAAAGUUAAUUGAUUCUAAUCAUGACCUAAGAAUCCAGUGAACCUAAAAUUAGGGGGUACCUAUCCUAAGAAGUUACGUUCCAGGUAACCUCUCGUAUUAAUGUUAAAUGUUAAUUUUAUUUCAUUUAAAUUGUAAUGUAUGAGCAAAGUGGUAUGCAAAGACUAUUUUUUCUAUGCUUUGAUGUAUUUUGAUCACAUUCCUUAAUUUUUUUACGUGGUAAAUUUAACCCUUGUGACUGGAAUAGGGAAAGGUACAAAUCUAGUUAAUUUGGGGAAUUGUAACCACAAGAUCAGGUGGCAACAUAGCCACUGGCUGUGUCAAGUAGUCAGUGGAUGAUAACUAAUAAAUGCCAAUCAGUGUUGCACAGACAUGUGGUUAUGUACAUCAAUGAUAGCUUUAAUGUUGUCUUCCACGGACAGUGUUCUCCCUGUACUAGGCACAAUGCUUCCUGUCGCAGUGUGUUGCGCGUGUGUGUGUUGGGAGGUUCUGAGGGUCCUUGAGCAGUGUAUGAACUGUAGCAGUGACUUUUCCAAUAAAACCAGAAAGAUUA